AUGGAUCAAGAACGGGACGAAAUGAUGUCGAUACCUCCAUCAAUACCUAUGGGACUAAAGGGAGCAUCAAACUAUGGAACUCUGCUAGAAAAUGAUCAAAAUUUGUACGAAGGGAUGAUAAACAACAACGUGGCAAUGAACAAUGGCUCGCUAAUUUCAUCGGUUACUUCCAAAUCAGAACUUUCUUUAGUGGUUGGUUCAAAGAGGAACUUGUACUGGAACAGUAAUAUUGAAGAAGGAAAUGGGAAUUCAUCAUCCCCUCCAACGAAGAGAUUUCUUGGAGAAAAUAACUGUGAUGACACAAAUUCUAUUGCAACCAUCUUAAGCCAGCUUCCACAGACGCCUUCUUUGCAACAACAAGCAAUGCUCGAUGGACUACCCUACCAAGUUUCCGGCGUAAAUUG